CUACAAGAAGACCUUGCAAAAAACAAAGAAAGAGAUGUUAGAAAUAAUGCUAAAACACUAGAUACAUUACUUCUUAAUGAUGAUGAUUUGUUAGGAAUUCAGGAGUUGGUUGAAUUAUUAGAUCUAUUUGCACUACAACUAUAG